AUGUCGGGCCGUGGCAAGGGAGGCAAGGGCUUGGGCAAGGGUGGCGCCAAGCGCCACAGGAAGGUGUUGCGCGACAACAUCCAGGACAUCACCAAGCCGGCGAUCCGGAGGCUUGCUCGCCGUGGCGGCGUGAAGCGCAUCUCCGGCCUCAUCUACGAGGAGACCCGCGGCGUGCUCAAGAUGUUCCUCGAGAACGUCAUCCGCGAUGCCGUCACCUACACCGAGCACGCACGCCGCAAGACCGUCACCGCCGUCUACGCGCUCAAGCGCCAGGGACGCACCCUCUACGGCUUCGGCGGCUGA